AUGACUAGUAAUCUGCUUCUCACUUAUCCUAAUUUUGAGGAACCGUUUAUUCUGACAACGGAUGCCUCAAAUGUCGCUAUUGGUGCCGUCCUAUCCCAACUUGUGAACGGAGUUGAACGACCUAUAGCGCUACUCUUGCUGACGAAAGGACAGGCGGACAUAUAUAUACACGACAUAAGGCGAAAUCCCAUUGUGAUACUUCCUAUAGGAACAGCCAGAAUUUGCAACAGCUAUCUGAGAAUUAUACACCCAAUCGAUCUAGAUCCAAUAGAACUAACCAUCAACGAUCUCUAUUUAAAAGCUCAAGAAAAAAUUGUUAACGAUAAAGUUCUUAAUCCCAUUAUAAGAUCAAAAAUUGAAAAAUUAUCCCUAUCAUUCAGAAAGAUUAAAAUCGUAGAAAAACGAGUAAAGCGCUGGGACAGCUUAGGAACAGGAUGGAAGUAUAUUUCAGGAAGCCCAGACGCGGACGACUUAAGACUAGUGAACGCGACAAUUAAUACAAUAAUCGAUCAGGAAAAUAAUCAGAUUAAAAUUAACUCUGGACUAGAUGUUAGGAUCAGGAAUAUUACAUAUAGCAUUAACUCACUCAUCUCAAGAUACAACGAUCUUUCAUCAGACGUCAACGAAGGGUUUUCAUCUAUAAACCUACUGCUCAAUAUGGACGAACUCACUCAGCAGAUAGAGACUAUAGGAGAAGCCAUAACCUUGGCUCGUUGGAACAUCCCUAGCAGUCGCCUGAUUAGCCUAAAAGAAUUGACCGUCGCUCAAACUAUGCUGAAAGAACAAGGAUUAGACAUAGCCACAGCGGAGAGCGUACUAGAGAUUGCACGAGCAUACGUUAUAACAACUAAGAAUUCUAUAAGGUAUAUCCUGAGAAUACCCAAGCUAACGAACGAAAUUUAUUCUCUCUACCAGAUCGAACCAACAAUAUCAAACGGAACCAGAAUUCAUUUAGAAGCAAACUAUUAUUUGAACGGAACAACGCCUUACUCUACAAGAUCAACAUGUGAUCGGAAAAUAGACCAAUUCAUAUGUCAUUCUAAUCAGCUCGAACCACCAUCGAAAUGCAUCCAAAAAUUGAUGAGCGGUUCGUCAGCACAUUGCCCGAUGGAGAAAAUUUAUGGCCAUAACAUAAUAAAACGAAUCAAUGACGCUACAAUAAUCAUCAAUGAGGCGAACAUCGUCUUAAAGUCUAACUGCAGCAUGCAUAAUAGCAGAUUAGAAGGAUCGUACCUCAUCCAGUUCUCAAAAUGUGCAAUAUUGCUAGAUGGCGAACAAUUUACCAACACUAACGUGGAAAUUCCCAGCAAAGCUUUCAUUCCAACUACCGGAUUGAAGGUAAACACUACUAACAUGGUAGAUCGCAUCCCUCUAGAAUAUUUACAGGUACUCCAUAUGGCGCAUCGAGACGACAUCCACCACCUCAAUCUUACCAGUGAAAGCAUCCACACCAAGAUUCAGCUGCUUCAUUGGAUAUCUUUUGGCUCAAUUUCGGUGUCAACCCUCGUUGUGAUCGGAAUUACGCUAAGCUGUGUCAUCAAAAUACUAUUGACCAAGAAGGCAACUAUCGUUAUUCAACAAGGCAAUCAGGAGACGAACAACAAGGAUGAAGCUAAUCCAUUAGGCGGAUCAACGCGAAGCAUCAACAUGGAUCACCCGACCAGGCAACCAAGAUUCAUCCCACAAUAG